ACUCCCUAAAUUGUGAAUAUCCAUGUGAUACAAUCGUUUCUUAGCUAUUACGGAGAAGGUUGAUUGACUUCAAUGACGCAUUUAAUUGCUGUCCGUGAAAAGUCCACAUACGUAUUGUUACCCAGAGUUACUGACGCUUAGUUGACGGUGCAUUUGUACAGCCAUGGCAUCUGUCAAUGAAGGAUUCGUGGCGGACGAGGACGGAAUUCACGAAAAGAGCCAAGAUUUGGAGUCUAAAAAUUCGUCACCCUCAGCGAAAGCCCGUCAAAUCCUUGGCGCCGACAUCGAUUACUCUGCGGCACGCAAGGCGCCAUUGUUCAUAGCGACGAUUGCCGCCUCGUGGGGUGCGUUCAUCCUUGGGAGUUUCCUGGGAUGGUCGUCACCCGUUCAACCACAAUUGCAGCAUACUCCGAAUGCCACAGUGCCUCCUCACAUCACGAACGAGGAGAGCGUCUGGUACGUGAAAUUAGAUAACACUCAGAUGGCCAUGGUGGGUUCAUUCGUCAAUCUUGGCGCCUUAUUGGGAGCUCUCUGCGGAGGCUUUUUGAUGGAUCGUUUCGGACGGAAAUUGGUCCUCAUCUCUUUGUCCUUGCCCUUCGUCGUUGCUUGGCUACUCGUCGUUCUCGCCGUCGAUCCCAGUAUGUUGUACAUUGGACGAAUCUUGGGUGGGGCGGCCGGUGGCAUAGUUUCCGUCGUAGCGCCCAGCUAUGUCGGCGAGAUCUCUAUUCCCAGCGUGAGAGGCCUUCUUGGAUUCUCAUUCCAAUUGAUGGUAGUCUUAGGCAUUUUGGUGGUCAGCUUGUUCGGCCUAGGACUCGAUUGGCGAUUGAUCUCAGCCAUCGAGGCCGUCUUCCCCUUCAUCUUCCUCGUAUCCGUGCUGUACAUUCCCGAAUCGCCUUAUUAUUCUGUCAAAAAAGGCAAAUCAUCGGAAGCGCGCGAUGCUUUGAAAUGGCUGCGAGGACCUGAAUACGAUAUGGAGCAAGAACUGGCUGAAAUGGAAGCUCGCGUCCGCAUCGAAUUGUCUCAGAAGAGCCGCUUCUCCGAUCUUUGGAGUAGCUGGGCAUGGAAGCCCGUCAUGGUAGCCAUUGGUUUGAUGGUAUUUCAACAACUCUCAGGUAUCAACGCGGCCUUAUUCAACGCUGUUGCCAUUUUCGAAUCAGCCGGCUCUGAACUGGACACGCUGGUUGCCGCCGUUCUCCUCAAUGUCGAUCAAGUCGUCUUUUGCUUUAUAUCGUCGCUCUUGGUUGAGCGUCUCGGUCGCCGAACCCUUUUCCUCAUCUCUGAGAUUGGCAUGUGCAUUUCGAUGUUUGCCUUGGGCGCGUUCUUCUUCAUCAAAGAGGAAUGCGAGAAGGAAUUGACGGCCACACCGACAUCCGAUUGCCAGCAACAGGUGACCGUCUUGGGUUGGCUCCCGCUGACGUCGCUCAUCCUUUUCAUUGCCACUUUCGCCGUGGGUGCCGGCCCCAUGCCGUGGCUCAUGUUCAGCGAGAUUUUGCCGGCCAGAGUCAAAGGCCCCGGCAGCUCUGUUGCCUCGUUCACCAACUGGUUUUUAGCUUUCAUCGUCACACUCACUUUUGUUGACAUUCAAGAAGCUAUAGGAAGCUCCGGUGCGUUUUGGAUGUUUGGCGGUUUCUGCGUCCUCGGCAUCUUGUUCAGUAUUUUCCUCCUUCCGGAAACUAAAGGCAAAUCACCAGAGCAGAUCCAAGCUUUCUUUGGCAUCCAUCCCGCCUGCUUCGUCUAGCGAUUGAGAAAAGAUAACAAAAAAACAAAUUCUUAUUACGUAAAAAAAAAAAAUGUGUUACCUCACUUGGCUAAAAGGGAGCGACGACAUGGGCGGGGAGAGAAAGAGAGAAAACUUUGUUUUGGGUUUAUGUUUGCGCUCGUUUUUAAUUUCUACUUUCUCCUCUCACGACAGAGCAAGGAGAAAAAGUCGCAUGACAACGUCACAAUCAUGUUUCCACUUCCUUCUUUUUUACGUCCUCUCUUAUUUUUGAUAGAAUAAAUUUUUAACAAAAAAAAAAAAAAUGAACGUUGUGACAUUCUCUGCGUUCAACAGAUUGUUUCGCAGCCUCAUUAAUUAUUCUACAUCCUUUCAAUUUUUUUUCUUUUUAAAGUUUUUGGAGAAACUGUUUUAUCAUUUGUUCAUGUAAUUGGUAAUGUUAUUGAAUGUGUCGCCUUUUUUUUUAUACAUACAUUAUACACAUCAAUGUCGGAAACUGAUUUACAUAAUUUUAGUGAAGCCGAUAUCCUGUUACAAAAAAAAAUAUUUUGGUGCCUUAAACGAUGAUAUUUUUCGACAUUUUUUUUUUUUUUUUAAAGAAAUACUCUUGCGACAUUUUUCAAGUGUAUUACGUGCGCACGUGUGGGUCAAUACAAACAAAUUAUAAACA